AUGGAUACUCAUCAGAUCAUCACACCUUCCUCCAGCCCUGCCUCUAAUGGAAGUUUGCAGCUCUUUGCCAUCUCCUGGAAGCCUAGCUGUGUCAUUGAGCCUCAGGUUGAGCAAACCCCAUUACCGCCUGAGCGAGUAGAUCCACCAGUGUACCAGUGGCUCCCCUUGGUCAGUCGUCACGCCACCUCCGCCACGGAUUUGCAGUUCUUCCACUAUGCUCCGUUCCUCCACCCCAUCACAGCGGCAUCGCCUCAGGCCUCAGGCACUCGUGCUUUGCCUCAGACACUCAUCGCCAUGGCAUCGCCUAGGUCUCCUGUGCCAGCGAUGUCACUCUGCUCCCUGGGAUCCAUCGGCUCUGCCUCAGUCGGUCGUCCCCCAGUUGAUGUCAGCCUCCAUGCCACCUUAGCUCCUCCCUCCCUCGACUCCACCCCUGGUCAAUCCAAACAUCUCACCUUGGAGAUCGGCCUGACACUGAUGGCUAAUAAAGGCCCCAGCGUUCCUCACAUAAUUAAACUUCUGGACUGUCAGGACGACACAGACAACUACAGUACAGUCCAAAAUAUUCGGCAGGUCAUUCAAGCCGCUAACAUCUGCUGUGAGCGCGGCGUCUUCCACCGGGACGUCAAACCGGAGAACCUGCUGGUGAACCCCGACACCACGGAGGUCAAACUGAUUGACUUCGGGUGUGGUGUGCUCAUGAAGAAUUCUGCCUUCAAAGACUUCAGUGGCACAAAAGCGCCCUGUCCUCCAGAGAUCAAGUUCGAUGGCAGGUACCACGCAAAGCCGAUGACAGUGUGGUCACUCGGGAUCCUCCUGUUAAAAAUGGUGUGCAGGGAUUUUCCCACACCCCACGAUCUGUACACCAUCAGUGCCAAAAUCUGGACCAGAUCUAGCCAUCUAAUGCAUACAAAAAAAAAAAAAGACCAGUCACUUCAAAAAGAUCCGGUCAUGGAGUAAGAUGGAGAACAUCAGCAAACAUCUCCCUGUUGGCCUCAGUCAGUUUUGCAUCUGAUGGCUGACAUGAGUGACCUGUCCAUCCCUUCACUCAGGCCUCAGCGUCUUGACUUGAAGCAGCAAUAUUUGUGUCUGGCGGUAUUGAAAGUCAAAUUUUGAAUACUGCCAUAUGCACCUAUUGCAAAAUGUCUUAGUACAAAGACAUUUUGAAAGAGAAUUUAUAAGAUAUUUUGUAAGAAUUCAUAAGAAAAUUUAUGAGAAAAUGUACAUUUGUAAGAAAAUGUAUAUUUUGUAAGAAUUUAUUAGAUAUUUAAGACAUUUUGUAAGAAAAUUUGUAAGAAAAUAUAUUUUAUAAGAAUAUUUAUAAGAGAAUUUGAAUAAGAAAAUGUAUAAUAAGUUUAUAUUUACAUUUAUUAUGCACUGUUCCUUUGUAGAGUUUCAUAGUACAUUCUCCUGCAGAAACAAACAACAUCAAUAAAAAUGUAGGUAUUAAA